CUUUCCGACUCAGAGUCAGGAACCCUCCUCACAAUUUGAAACAUCGCCUUGGAUCAUGAAGGGCUACGUUCUUCUCCUUGCCCUCGUUGGGCUCUGCCAUGGACAGUCCCGGCUGGGCUCGUACAAUCUCGAAGGCACAAUCUCGGUAUCUGGUUUGUCGUCCGGAUCUUACAUGGCCAAUCAAUUCCACGUCGCUCAGUCCAGAAAGGUUAUCGGUGCUGCCUUGUUCGCUGGAGGACCUUAUUACUGCGCCAGCGGAAGCAUGCUCACCGCGACAAACGCGUGUAUGAAAAUGCCUUCCAGCAUCAACGUCAGUUCUCUAAAGUCGCAAACCCAGAGUUACGCCAACAGCGGGCUGAUCGAUCCCGUAUCCAACCUCGCGAAUGAUAGGGUUUUCAUCUUCUCGGGAUCCAGAGACAGCGUUGUCGUUCCAGGGGUAGUGAAGAAAUUGGAAGAAUAUUACCUCUCCUACGUUAACUCCGGAAACAUCAAAACAGUGUAUGAUGUCCCAGCAGAACAUGGAAUGCCCACAGACAGCUACGGAGGGACUUGUGGAGCCACCAACACCAACUACAUCAACAACUGUAAUUACAAUGGUGCAUACGAGGCUCUGAACCACAUCUACGGAGGACUGAGUAGGCCAAGCAGUUCUUCUGGAUUUACUGGACAGUUGAUCCUGUUUGACCAGACAGAGUAUUUCAAGCUGGCUGCCCCAUCUACGUACGGGAUGGACACCGCGGGAUACGUAUACAUUCCUUCCUCCUGCCAGAGCGGGACGAGAUGCAGACUUCACAUUGCUUUCCAUGGCUGUCUCCAGGGAAGAGAGAAAGUUGGUGAUCGUUUUGCCAGAUACGCCGGGUACAAUCAGGUGGCUGAUCUGAACAACCUCAUCAUCCUGUACCCACAAGCCAAAUCCAACAUGUCGAACCCCAACGGAUGCUGGGACUGGUGGGGAUUCUCGAGCUACGCCUAUGCUAACAAGAACGGCUACCAGAUGACAGGCGUGGAGCGGAUGAUGCUCCGGACUCAGGGCCAAUAUUAACGGAAUCCACAAGGAUAACGAAGCCGAAACGCGCCGGAUCCCCCGGCGAUGAACACCCGAUCGCUAAAUGUAGCACCUUAGUCUGUAAAUAGCGUGUGUAGUUACCAAAUAAACAUGUGAAAAGAAAA